AAAGUGCCACCGUCAACCGAUGGACAGCUCCCGAUGAGCUGGCGAUGUCACUGACCACAUGGGAAGGUCAGGGACACGCUGUUACAGUUUACAGCAAACAGCUGGAUGGCUGUAGGGCAGCCUCACCCCCUCCAAAACGACACAUUGCAAUCAGGCUCAAGUAUUAAAUUACAGCCAGAAAGUACUGGUCCCGUUUGGGUUGGGGGUGGUUUCUAGGGCUGAGACCAGACCUGUGCCGGCCGCUCACUCACAGGCUGGGGAUGGUGAGCAUGUCUGACCUCCGGCUGGACCGAGCGCCUCCAACCAGGCUGGGGACCGUCUGGCCGGCCGGCCAUAAAAGGCCCACAGAAUCAUGUGGUCCCGGCCUGCCAAGGCAUUAGGGGGAUCAUGGCCCAAGUAGCAAUGUCUUCCCUGCCCGUGGAAAAUGAGGCCUCCUCAGAGAGCAGGAUGGUGGUGACGUUCCUCAUGUCUACUCUGGAUUCCAUGUGCAAAGAACUGGCCAAGUCCAGGGUGGAAGUGGCCUGCAUCGCCAUGUAUGAAGCAGAAGUGUUUGUCGUUGGAACAGAGAAAGGACGAGCUUUUGCCAGUGCCAGAAUGGACUUGCAGAUGGAUUUUGCAAAAUACUGCGCUGCGGAAGGCCUGCUUGAGACCAAACCCCUGAGCCCUGUGCAAGGGAUGAAGCUCAACUCGGGAGAAACAGAAAUACUCAGGAAAGCAGUGGAGGACUACUUCUGCUUGUGUUAUGGAAAAGCCUUAGGAACAACAGCAAUGGUGCCUGUUCCGUAUGAGAAGAUGCUGCGAGAUCAGGCGGCUGUGGUAGUACAGGGGCUUCCAGAAGGAGUUGCCUUUCAGCACCCGGAGAACUAUGAUCUUGAAACUCUGAAGUGGAUUUUGGAGAACAAAGCCGGGAUUUCAUUCAUCAUAAACAGACCUUUCCUAGGCCCGGCAGAUCCCCAAGGUGGGCCUGGGGUAGUAACAGAUGCUGAGAGAGCAAUGUCACUGUCAAGUGAAAGUGGUGGCUCCAUCCAUGUGAAAACGGAACCCAUGGAAGAUUCCGGUAUUUCUCUGAAAGCAGCAGCUGCGUCAGUCAAGAAAGAAUCAGAGGAUCCUAAUUACUAUCAAUAUAAUAUGCAAGAAAGCCAUCAUUCUUCUGCGAUCAAUGAAGUAAUAGAAAUGGAAUUGCCAAUGGAAGGAAACACAAAUCCAUCCAAUACUACAAGUUCUGCAGCAGGUGUUGAAGAUCUUAACAUCGUUCAGGUGACAAUUCCAGAUAAUGAGAAGGAGAGGUUAUCAAGCAUGGAAAAGAUAAAACAACUAAGAGAACAAGUUAAUGACCUCUUUAGUCGAAAAUUUGGGGAAGCCAUUGGAGUGGAUUUCCCCGUGAAAGUUCCUUACAGAAAAAUCACAUUCAACCCUGGCUGCGUGGUCAUCGAUGGCAUGCCCCCAGGGGUGGUGUUCAAAGCCCCUGGCUACCUGGAAAUCAGCUCCCUGAGGAGGAUCUUGGAUGCUGCAGAAUUUAUCAAAUUCACAGUCAUUAGACCACUUCCAGGCCUCGAGUUUAACAAUGUGGGAAAAAGAAAGAUAGACCUUGAGGGCCGUGUAUUUCAAGAAAAGUGGGAGAGAGCGUAUUUCUUCGUGGAAGUGCAGAAUAUUCCUACGUGCUUAAUAUGCAAACAGAGCAUGUCUGUGUCAAAAGAAUACAACCUCCGACGCCAUUAUCAGACCAACCACAGUAAGCACUAUGACCAAUACACUGAGAAGAUGCGCGAUGAGAAGCUUCACGAGUUAAAAAAAGGCCUCAGAAAGUAUCUCUUCGGGUCAUCAGAAACUGUGUGUCCUGAGCAAAAAGAAUUAUUUGCAAAUGCGAGUCCCAACGACAACGCUGCCAUGCAGGCUGCAGAAGAUGUGACUGGGAACUUAUGGGAGAAGUUACGUGAAAAAAUCCGAUCAUUUGUGGCCUACUCGAUUGCGAUCGAUGAGAUCACAGACAUUAAUAACAUCACCCAGUUGGCCAUAUUCAUCCGUGGUGUCGAUGAGAGUUUUGAUGUGUCGGAAGAACUUUUGGAUACAGUGCCCAUGACAGGUACAAAAUCUGGAAAUGAAGUAUUUUUGCGUGUUGAGAAAAGCCUUAAGAAGUUCAAUAUCGACUGGUCGAAAUUAGUGAGCGUGGCCUCCACGGGCACCCCUGCCAUGGUUGAUGCAAACAAUGGGCUUGUGACAAAGCUGAAGUCCAAGGUGGCCACGGUUUGCAAGGGCUCGGACCUGAAGUCCGUUUGCUGCAUUAUUCACCCGGAAUCGCUCUGCGCUCAACGGUUAAAGAUGGACCACGUCAUGAAUGUGGUAGUGAACUCCGUGAACUGGAUAUGCUCCCGUGGCCUGAACCACAGCGAGUUCACAACUUUGCUCUAUGAACUGGACUGCCAGUAUGGCAGCCUCCUCUACUACACGGAGAUUAAGUGGCUCAGUCGUGGGCUGGUGCUGAAGAGGUUUUUUGAAUCGUUGGAAGAAAUUGAUUCCUUCAUGUCAUCCAGAGGGAAGCCCCUGCCUCAGCUGAGCUCUCAAGACUGGGUCAGAGACUUGGCCUUCUUGGUCGAUAUGACAAUGCAUCUGAACACUUUGAGCCUCUCUCUCCAAGGCCACUCACAAAUCGUUACGCAGAUGUACGACUUGAUUCGGGCGUUUCUGGCAAAACUGUGCCUUUGGGAAACUCAUUUGGCAAGGAAUAAUCUGGCCCACUUUCCCACCCUGAAAUCAGUUUCCAGAAAUGAAAGUGACAGCCUGAACUACAUUCCCAAAAUUGUGGAGUUAAAGACCGAAUUCCAGAAAAGAUUGUCCGACUUCAAACUCUACGAGAGCGAACUGACCCUGUUCAGCUCCCCUUUCUCCGUGAAGAUCGAGAGCAUCCACGAAGCCCUGCAGAUGGAGGUGAUUGAGCUGCAGUGCAACAUGGUGCUGAAAACCAAGUACGACAAGGUGGGGAUCCCCGAGUUCUACAAGCACCUCUGGAGCAGCUACCCGAGAUAUAAGAGCCACUGUGCAAAGAUUCUCUCCAUGUUCGGGAGCACUUACAUUUGUGAGCAGCUGUUUUCCAUUAUGAAACUGAGCAAAACGAAAUACUGCUCCGAGCUGAAGGACUCCCAGUGGGACUCGGUCCUCCACAUCUCGACAUGAAGAGCAUGCUCCCGGAAAUGCCCCAUGGGCUAUAAGACUAGAGUCCUCUAGACCAGUGGUCGGCAAACUGCGGCUCGCGAGCCACAUGCG